GGUCCGGUGUGGAGCAGCCAUCAGCCAGCAAAAGGCCCCAGAAAGAGCAGAGAGGAUGAUGAGGGCAGAGGUGUUUUUGUCUUCUACAAACUGAGCCGUUUUCUGAGGGGUUUCAACCGGACUAUUUUCCAUCAGUGAAUUUAGGAGGCUGUUUGCGUAAAGCCGGACAAGAACUGACGUCUGAAAGAAGAGGCUCAGUUUAAUGAUGCAGUCCCUGACAGAAGAGAUCCAGAGCUUUUCCCGGACUCGGCUGAGGAAGCAGUGCACGCGGGUGACGUCUCUGAGCGGCCGGCGGAUCAUCGAGACCUGGAAGGGCUCGACCAUCACGGUGGUCGAGGAAUCGGUGCUCCCGGAGAAGAUGCUGGGCUACGUUCCCGACACCUCCUGGGACCUGCAGGUCGGCAUCGUCAAACCCUUCCUGCUGCUGGGUUCUCAGGAUGCUGCGCAUGACUUUGGCACUCUGAGAAAACACAAGGUGUCUCACAUCCUGAACGUGGCUUUUGGAGUGGAAAAUGUUUUCCCGGACCUUUUUCUCUACAAGACCGUCAGUAUUCUGGAUCUCCCUGACACCGAUCUGGUGCCGUACAUCCAGGAGUGCUGCGACUUCAUCCAGCAGGCUCGCAGCGAGAAAGGUGUGGUGUUGGCCCACUGCAACGCUGGCGUGUCCCGUGCCCCUGCUGUGGUCAUUGGCUACCUGAUGUCAUGUGAGGGCCAGUCCUUCGACGACGCCCUCUCGGCGGUAAAAUCCGCCCGGCCUGCCUCUUCCCCCAAUCCGGGUUUCCUGGAACAACUGAGGAGCUACAAGCCGCCAACAACGAACGGGUCCAAACACUGAAGGCUACACGGGACACGUUGAGAGUGGCUUAAAUGUAACCUAAAAAUAAGCUUUUUUCAAUGUAGCAGGAAAAUAUUUCAAUGUCUAACUAAUGCGGAUUAUUAUAAGGUUUUUAAGUAUACUUUUUUUCAUUGUUGGGUGUUUUUGAACUGACUCUCAUUCAUGCGUCUCACAUUUAAAAAUGAUCUGU